UGGCAAAUGGAUAAGGCAUACAUAUUACGUGUGAAAUCUUUGUUUCAGUAGAGUCUGUUUCAACUUGUUCCUCUAAAAUGUUAAAUGAUUGGUAACAAUAAUGUAUCCAUAAAUAUUUUGAUCUGUUUUAAAUCAAGCCAUGGUAACAGCCAGGGACUGCUACUAUAUAAGGGCAUAUAGCACACUGCGAGAGCCCAGAGCCUUUGGUCAUAACUAACGUAGGGACAGACAUUCUCCAGAUUGCUGAUAAAAUCUUAGGUGGAAAGAUGCUCACUAAAGUUUGGAUAUUUGUCAUUUUGUGUUGUGCUGCCUUGUAUGCCACAGAUGCACAGAUUACUGGGUGGGCCGUCCCAAGUAUCAAUGGUGCAAGUGGCACAGGAGCAACAGCAAUUACAUUUCCUGAGAAUCAAGCUACGGGUGCAACAUCAACUACAUUUUCAGCAACUCCAACCAGUCCCGAUACCAUUGCGUCAUACACCCUAGUGACUAGCGGUACUCCUUUCUCGAUUGCUUCUUCUACUGGUGUCCUCACCCUAGAUAGUGCACUCGAUUUUGAAACAACAGCAACCUACAUAUUAAAAAUUAAAGCAGUUGAUAAUAACGGAACACCAAAUUCUGGAACUGCAACUGUUACAAUAACCGUCACAGACAUAGACGACACAGCCCCAACAUUCAGUGAUUCGUCCUACACAGCUUGCGUUGCUGACGCUUCUACAGCGGGUCAGUCUGUGACGACCCUAACGGCAACUGAUCAAGACGCAGGAACCGUUACUUACAGCAUAAGUUCUGGAAACACAAACAGCCACUUCAAAUUUUCUGCAGCCCAACUUCAGGUCAAUACAGGAGCUACCCUGGACCAAUCAACUACAGCAAGUUACACGCUUAUCGUUCAUGCCGUAGACGAUGAUACUCCAGCAAAUACUGCGACUACAACUGUUACUGUAACUGUGGGCGAUUGCAGCAGCGCGACAGCAAUGACUUUCAGUGUCAUGACCAUUCUUGUGGCGUUGGUUGUGUCGUUGCAUUAAAGAUUUAAAAUCUUUAACUAAAAGAACUGCGUCAUAUCAUACACUUUAAAUGUAUCACGAAGUGUAUAACUUCUAUGCAGUUCAUUUGAGUUCAGUGAAAUAAUCAAACAUUUCAAAUGCUGAAAUUUAUUUAAGUGAAAAGUCUUUUUUACGUUGUAUCAAUAUUCUAGGUGAGAUGACUGUUCGGCUAUGGAUACAAUAAUACUUAUCAACGUUAGUGGAAUAUUUUUUUUCAAAUUGGAGUCUGUUAACAAUAUAAAGCCUGAAAGUCUGAAAGGAAACAAUCGUCUUGAUAUUACCAAGAAUGUUAUCAAAUUGAAUCAGAAAUGAGUAAGUGUCCAGUCGUGUAUGUCUACUCCCUAUAGUACAACGUGUGACGUGUGUUUGUGUGUAGUAGUGUAGUAUUUAAGAAAUGAUGUCAAUAAUGAGACAUUACCGUGUCGAUGCUUGCGUCAUUUCUUGUAUUAAUCUGAAUAUUUUGUAUUGCCGCAAAGACUUUUAUUUAAUUACUAAUGUAAGUAAUAGAUCAUAUCAAUUAUUGAAAACAACUGUUUUGUGCUAAAAGUUUUCAUUUACAAGAAAUGGAAAGUAGUUGAAAUAUAUUCAGUAUUUUGAUGUUAUAAUGAUAAGCUUAUGGUUGAUAUACAUAAAUUUGAUGAAUGUACAAACUAAAGUUUGACCAUAAAUCGUCAAUUUAGUAUGUAGAAUGUAUCUUAGCUUGUAACAACUUGUCUUUGUCUGUCUACAAA